AUGCUGGUUGACCUCGAAGGAGACCACGUGGCAAGCUAGAUUUCUUCUCCAGAUGACUGACUGCCGUUCUCCACACCCACUGCCCCGAUUUCCCCCAGAUCUCUCACUGCAGCCUCCAUUUUUACUGCAAAGAAUAAGGCUACGUCAGAGAAACAGCCUCAACCCCACUUCUCUCCUCCCUCAGAAUAUCUUUGCAGCUUCAUCCUCUGGUCUCUGAGAAAACUGGAUGCCAAAUGUGCUUGAAAACCAUGGAAUGCCAUGCAACAGAAGCAGCAGACUAGAUGCCACCCAGCCACAGCUGUAGAGCCCGAGAAGAUGAUAGAGUCUCGCUCUGUCACCCAGGCUGGAUGUAAUCCCAAAGUGCUGGGAUUACAGGUGUGAGCCACUGCACCUGACAUGUUUUCUAUACCAGUAACAUAGGCUCUGUUACAAAGGGACCUUACUGUCUGGGACCUCCUAGCUCCAGUACUGCCACAAUGCAGGAUUCCAGAGACAGGGUCUCCCUAUGUUGCCCAGGGUGGUCUCCAAGGCCUGGGGGCCUCAAGCAAUCUUCCUACCUUGGCCUCCCAAAAUGCUGGAAUUACAGGCACUGACUCACUGGCCCUGCCAUGCCCGCGCCACUGCUCCCGCUGCUGCUUCGAUUGCUGCUGUCCCGCCUGCUGCUGCCUGCUGCCCGCCUGGCCCGCCAAUACCUCCUGCCCCUGCUGCGCCGAUUGGCCCGCUGCCUGGGCUCCCAGGACAUGCGAGAGGCUUUGCUGGGCUGUCUGCUGUUCAUUCUCAGCCAGCGACACUCGCCAGACGCUGGGGAGGCCUCAAGAGUGGACCGCCUGGAGAGGAGGGAGAGGUUAGGCCCCCAAAAGUGAGGCCACAAGUCCUGGCAGCAGCUGUAUCCACAAAAUGCUUUCUUUUGGAGUAGGAUAAUCCUGGCACCAGCACUGACCGAAGCCUGCCCGGUGGACAGAAGAUAUAGUGAGGGCUGUGCGUGAGAGGGAUCUGCCACAGACAUGCCUCUCCACUCCCAACAGAAAUGUCUUUCUGGAAGAAUGCCUUGCAUCUAGCACAAAACUGAUUAUUGCCCCUCUGUCCUCCAGCAGUUCCUCCCGAAGACCGCUUCUAGUCACCUCUGGCCUCAGGUGGGAGGGGAACUAACACCCACCCACCCCUGCCCUCCCUGCAAAUGGGAACAUCAAGGUUCCCAAUGCUUAACUGAGGGACAAGUGACAAUUUAGCAGAGAGGCAAGAUUUGAAUCCAGACUGUCUUCCAGACUCAGGACCUACCUUAAAAUAAUAUCUGACUUGUCUAUGGAGGCAGACCUGCCUGCAAAGCCCAGCACACAGCAAGUGCUCAAUAAAUAUUUUAUUUGAAUUCUU